ACGAGGUCGAUCGACACCCCAUUCGAUCCGGGCAAUGGAGGCAAAGGCGCAUAGCUCGCCGUCUGAGGCGGCCGUGGAGGCGGCCGAGACAGUGGUAGUGAGAGGAGUGGGGCUGAGAGUGGUGGGGGGAGGUCUGGACGUCAAGAGAGAAGUGGGCAAGGACCUGGAGCUGUGCUGCAACUCCACCAGCAAGCUCUGCAGCCUCCGCUUCUCCACAGGUGGAGAAGUGGUGUACACACUCGAGGUCCGAGGAAGAGGAGAGGUGUACAGUGCUGACUCAAACGUUCUUCUCUUCAGAGCUGACGAAGGCUCGGCAGUUGCUGUAUUUGCAAGUGAUACUGAUGCAGCGAGGAUCCAGAACCACAUAGUAAGGAAUUUCUCCGCAGUGAGUGAAACGAGUGUCUUUGACCAACGAACGGAGGAGGCAUCUGCCAAGCAAUACUUCCAAUUUUAUGGCUACCUGUCACAGCAACAGAACAUGAUGCAGGACUACAUCCGAACGUCGACGUUCCAGACGGCCAUCCUCCACAACCUGGCAGACUUCAAAGACAAGGUCGUGCUUGACGUUGGAGCCGGCACAGGCGUGCUGUCAUUCUUUGCCCUCCAAGCAGGAGCCAGGAUGGUGUAUGCUGUGGAAGCUAGCAAUAUGGCCGCACACUGCGCAAAGCUCGUGCAGGCCAACAAGUACUCGGACAGAAUGAAAGUCAUCCCCGGCAAAAUCGAGGAGGUGAAUAUACCGGAGGAGGUGGAUGUGAUUAUAUCGGAGCCUAUGGGCUAUAUGUUGUUCAAUGAACGAAUGCUGGAGACGUACUUGCAUGCAAAGAAAUGGUUGAAACCUGAUGGUAAGAUGUAUCCAACGCAGGGGAUACUAUAUGUCGCCCCAUUCAGUGACGAGGCACUGUUCCUGGAGCAGAUGGGCAAGACUUACUUCUGGCAGCAGAGGUCAUUCCAUGGUGUAGAUGUUUCAGUCUUGCACUCUGAGGCCAUCGCAGAGUAUUUCAGACAACCCAUUGUCGACACCUUCGACAUUCGUAUCCUCAUGUCGCGUCCCGUCGGACACACAACUGACUUCACCUUAGCUCACGAGAAGGAACUCCACAAGAUUGAUAUUCCUCUCCAGUUCAGAACACAAACUACUGGCUAUAUGCACGGUCUUGCUUUCUGGUUUGACGUAGCUUUCAUUGGAGCAAAAACUACAGUUUGGCUGUCGACGGCUCCGUUCCAGCCACUGACUCACUGGUACCAGGUUCGUUUGCUGCUGCAACAACCACUGUUUGUAGAGGAAGGCCAGGAGGUAACCGGCAUUGUCAAGAUGGUCGCAAAUGAAAGGCAAAGCUACGACAUCACAGUAGAUGUGAAGGUGACUGGGAGCAGUCUGGAGUCCAGUGGUACAUACGACCUCAAGAACCCCAACUUCCGCUACAUGACCACGCCCCAAUCUCCGCCCGGGACUCUCCAAGCAAACCCCACCGAGGCCUUUUUCGACUCCCAGUCAGUCCCCGGAAAUGUGGGUGUGGCCCCGCCACUCUCCUCCGCCUUCGUCCAGACACACCCCAAGUCCACGCGGUCGUCAGCGAUGCACAUGAUAGGAGUCCUCCAGACCGGCACCGAGGUGAUCCCUGUCGUCAAUGGCAGCAUUAUCAGUCCAUCUGUUCAGCAGCCGUUGUUGGCCCUCAGCAACAUCACUGGGGCUCUGGUCUCCAUUCCGUACCGACUUCGGCUGUUAAUCAGCAUGGAAUGGGGACUGGAGGAAUUGGAAUUGGACCUAAUCAGCAUGGAAUGGGGACCGUUCAGUAUGGAAUGGGGACAGUGGCACAGGCUCACCAUACGCAAGCAGCAGCUGCCGCCAUGUCGGACGACUGGGACGAGGGAGAAACGACUACUUCUGGCUUCUCAAAUGGGUUUGGAGACAGUGGAGGAGGAGGAGGAGGUUUUAGAGGUGGGAGAGGAGGAAGAGGGUUUGGAAGACCUAGUGCAGCUGGCGUUGGCCGAGGGAAAAGAGAGGGGUUUGGUUCCCAGAACCAGCACAACGGAGGAGAUGGCUGGGGCGAAGAUGGCGGCGGAGGGUCUUCCGGAUUUGGAGGUGGACGAGGAGGGAGAGGGGGAGGGUUUGGUGGAGAGGGACAAAAAGGAGGAUUCGGUGAUGAUGAUGAUGGAGAAGGAGGAAGAGGAGGAAGAAGGGGAGGGUUUGGAGGAGGAGGCAGAGGUGGCGGGUUUAGAAGAAGUGGCGACAGAGACAGUGGGUUUGGAGGUGGAGGUUUUGGAGGUGAUGAUGAAGAUGGAGGGGGAAGAAGAGGACGGAGAGGAGGGGGGAGGGGAGGGAGAGGAGGGUUCGGUGAUGAUGAAGAUGGAGGGGGGAGGAGGGGAGGUUUUGGAAGAGGAGGAGGAGGAGGAAGGGGAGGGAGAGGAGGAUUUGGUGAUGACGACGAGGGAGAAGGCGGAGGAAGAGGAGGAAGAGGGGGUUUUGGAGGAAGAAGAGGGGGCGGAGGAGGGUUCAGCAGCGGCGGUGGCUUUGGUGACAACGAGGGAGAGGGGAGAGGGGGAAGAGGAGGAUUUGGAAGACGUGGUGGAGGAAGAGGGGGAGGGUUUAGUGGCGGAAGUGGCUUUGGUGAGUGUGUAUUUCUCUUCGUUGAAGAGAUGGUGGUUUCCUCUCUCUGUAGGAGGUGAUGACGAGGGAGAGGGGGGAGGAAGAGGAGGAAGAGGGGGUUUUGGAGGAAGAAGGGGAGGAGGAAGAGGAGGUGGAGGGUUUGGUGGUGAUGAUGAUGGAGAAGGAGGAGGAAGAGGAGGAGAUGGAGAGGGAGGAGAGAAGAGGAGGGAGUUCUACGUCCCACCAGCUCCACCAGAGGAAGAGGACAAGAUCUUUGCCACCAUGGCGGCCGGGAUAAACUUUGACAAAUAUGACGAAAUUGCCGCCGAAAUCACAGGAAGUGAUGCUCCUGCUGCAAUCGCGAGUUUCGAUGAUUGUGGUUUUUUCGAGACGACGCGGAAGAACGUGGAACGUUGCAGCUACGUGAAGCCGACGCCCGUCCAGAAGUUCUCAAUUCCCAUCAUCAUGGCCGGGAGGGACCUCAUGGCCUGUGCCCAGACUGGAUCUGGGAAAACUGCUGCGUUUCUGUUGCCCACCAUAACUCGACUGAUCAAAGAGGAUGUACCGGGAGCCAGUCAGAACGAUACCCAGAGCCCCGAGGUACUGAUUAUCUCGCCAACGAGGGAGCUCACCCUCCAGAUCUACAACGAGGCGAGGAAGUUCGUUCACGGCUCAGUCUACCGCCCCGUGGUGGUAUACGGGGGAACGUCGGUGGGCCACCAGUUGGCUCAGGUGGAGAGGGGGUCCAAUAUUGUGGUGGGGACCCCCGGGAGACUCAUGGAUUUCCUCCGUCGAGGAAAGAUACUGUUGAAUAACCUGAAGACACUGAUCCUGGAUGAGGCGGACCGCAUGCUGGACAUGGGGUUCGAGCCCGAGAUGAGGAAGAUCGUCUCCGAGUUUGGGAUGCCGAAUGUGGGAGAGAGACAGACUCUGAUGUUCUCUGCCACCUUCCCAGUUGAGAUCCAGAAACUGGCCAAUGAUUUUCUGCACAACUACUUGGUCCUGACCAUUGGAGUGGUGGGAGGGACAACUAGCGACAUCGACCAGUCGGUGGUGGCGGUCGGGGAGUACGAGAAGAAAGAAAAGUUGCAAGAGAUUCUCACCAGUGCCGGAGCCGACAGGACUCUUGUGUUUGUGGAGACCAAGAGGAACGCUGACUAUCUUGCCAGUCUCCUCUCCCAGGAGGAGUUCCCCACCACCAGCAUCCAUGGAGAUCGACUACAGAGGGAGAGAGAGGAAGCCUUGCGGGACUUCCGCUCCGGGAGAUGUCGGGUCCUGGUCGCCACGUCGGUCGCUGCCCGAGGCCUCGACAUCCCGCAGGUGAAACACGUCAUCAACUACGACCUCCCGGAUAACAUCGAGGAAUACGUCCACCGCAUCGGGCGCACGGGGAGAAUCGGGAACAAGGGACAGGCGACGGCGUUCUUCCAGAAGGACCGCGACCUCGCCCUCGCUCGAGGACUGGUGAAAGUACUCUCUGAUGCCCACCAGGAAGUGCCCGAGUUUCUGGAGCAAGCAGCCGAGGAGGCUGUCGGCUCUGACUACGGGCCAGCCGGAGGAAAGUUUGCGUCCAAGGAUGCUCGAUUCAACAGGGAGAGAGGAGGUGGAGGAGGAGGAGGAGGGAGUUUUGGAGGUAAUUUCGGCAGCGAGGGAUUUGGUGGGGGAGGAAAUGGGUUUGGGAGUGGCAGUGGUCAGGCGCAGGCCGCGGCUGGAGGCGGAGAUGAUGAGGAGUGUUAA